AUGGGUAAAAAAAAGAGUAAGAGACAAGUCCGACCUUGGUGCUGGUACUGUGAGCGAGAUUUUGAAGAUGAAAAAGUAUUAAUCCAACACCAAAAAGCGAAACAUUUUAAAUGUCCUCAUUGUAAUAAAAAACUUAACACAGCUGGCGGAAUGGUGGUUCAUGUCGCACAGGUGCAUAAAGAAACUAUAGACACAGUCCCUAAUGCAAUGAAAGGUCGGGAAUCCACCGAUGUGGAAAUUUUCGGGAUGGAAGGAAUUCCACAUUCAGAUAUGCUAGCGCACGUGCAAGCGUUAGAAAGUGGGCAACCUUCAAAGAAAAUUAGGGCUGAAGACCCCGUUGACAUUUCAAGUGAUGAACUUAAAAAGCAACUUGCGCAACAUCAGGCUAUGAUGCAAGGCAAUCCUCAAGGUGCUUAUACUUUUUCACCUGGCUAUACUAUUCCUCAACAACAAAGCUUGUCACCGUUAAUGCCCACCCAAUACAGUUCAUUUUAUCAAAGGCAAGCACCAUUCCAACAACCUGCUAAUGAAAAUUUUAUCAUCUGUUUUAGUACAUUAACAGGACAAGCUCCUCCUUCUGUUCCUGGCCAACCAUGGCGUCCUACACCUACCACUGGUACAUCUGCUCCAUUAUUUGGAACCGCACAGCCACUUUUUGGCGCUCCGCCUUCUAACAGUCAAUCACCGAUAUUUCCUCGUCCCCCCAUCUCACCUACAUCUUCAUUGUAUCCUCAAACUUCGUUAAUUCCUACAUCUGGUCAGCAAUAUUCGCCUUAUAACAAUGGUCAAUCAGCAAAUUCUUUAUCACAAUAUCAGCAAACAUUGCCCAAUCAAGGGUCUACUUUGGGUGAAGGCGGAGUUCAGGUUGAUGGUAUGGGUGAUCAAUCUAUUACACACCAAAAAUCACUACCAAAAGUAGCAUUGGUUUAUAAAAAAAGAGCAGAACUUGAAAAGUAUCGGUAUAAUGAGGAUAAUCACAGACAGCAG